AUGGCGGCGCAGAACAACUUCAGGCAAGGAGCAAUGCCCAUCCUUCCAAGUUACCUGUACGAGAUUGGCAAGGCUCCAGCCACCACUCCUGGGAACGGCACCGGCUUAACAGUGAAUCCUCCCAUCAACCAGUCACUGAAUAGGAGAUCAGUGAUGUUGGGCUCCACAUCUGUACCUCCACACCAGACCCCAGCUCUCUCUAGUAAUCUCACCGUGGCCCAGAAUCCAGAGUCAAACUGCUACAACGCAGAUGCUCAUUUGGAUGAGGUCAACAUCAAAGUAGGACUUAUGUUGGCCUCCAAGUCCACCAUACAGCUCCUCAUUAACCCCUUCAUGGGGCCACUUACUGACAGGAUUGGAUAUCACAUCCCAAUGUGUGCUGGUUUCUGCAUAAUCGUCUUUUCGACUACCUUGUUUGCCUUUUCGUCUAGCUUCGCCUUGCUGCUGCUGGCCAGGUCAGUGCAAGGUGUGGGUGGAUCCUGCUUGUCUGUGGCAGGAAUGGGAAUGCUGGCUGACGGGUACAAAGACAGCAAGGAGAGGGGGCGUGCAAUGGGCACAUCAUUCACUGGAUUGGCUUUAGGGUUGAUUGCGGGGGCUCCAUUUGGCAGUUUGAUGUAUGAGUUUGUUGGAGAAAUGUCUCCCUUCCUGGUCCUGGCGGUCAUCGCCGUGUUGGCUGGAGGUUUACAUGCCGUUGUCUUUCAACCAUCGCGGGUUCAAACAGAGACGGGAAAAGGGACUCCGAUGCUGACUCUCCUGAAGGACCCGUAUAUUGUCAUUGCUGCUGGAGCCAUAUGUUUGACAACAAUGGUUGUUGCCACAAUAGAAACAACUCUUCCUGUCCGGAUGAUGAAGACCAUGUGUUCUAGCAAAUGGCAGCUAGGCACGGUCUUCCUGACAGACAGCAUCUCCUACCUCGUUGUCUCCAACAUCUUUGGUCACCUGUCACAAAAAUAUAGCAGAAGAUAUGCCCGUACUCAUGGAGUCCAUACCAUGACUUUUGAUAGCGAGGAGGAACUCUUGAAAAUAUCUCGUUGCCACGCCAAAGCCAAAUUGGUACUCCGCAUUGCAGUGGAUGACUCUGCAUCCAAGGUAAGGCUGAGCUUGAAGUUUGGCGCCAGACUGGAGUCCGUUGCUAAGCUGCUGGGACGUGCUGGAGAUCUGGGCUUGGAGGUCAUUGGGGUCAGCUUUCAUGUAGGCAGUGGGUGCACUGACAGUUUGGCGUUCAGGCGGGCCAUCGCAGACGCCCGACGUGUCUUUGACCUUGGGAACUUGUUGGGCCUCCAGAUGAGUCUGUUGGAUAUUGGCGGAGGAUUCUCUGGGAUAGAGGACUGUCUUGUCGAAUUUGAAGAGUUUUCAGAAGUCAUUAACGCCGCACUGGAUGAAUUCUUCCCACCUGACAGUGGAGUGCAGAUCAUUGCAGAACCAGGCCGCUACUUCGUGGAUUCAGCCUUCACACUUGCAGCAAACGUCAUCGGCAAAAAAGUAAUCGCAGAUGAUUUGGACGAACAUAGCGAUGGUGAGCACAACAGCCCCGACAGACUAAUGAUGUACUACCUUAAUGAUGGAGUAUAUGGUUCCAUGAGAUGCAUUACCAAUGAUGCUGCCCACAACCGGUUGGAACCAUACCUUCACAGGGUUGUUGAGAGCAGCGAGCAGAGAUUCCGGUCUGUUCUCUGGGGUCCAACCUGCGACAGCGCCGACAAAGUAACCGACAGCUGCUGGUUCCCUGAGUUGGAUGUGGGGGACUGGCUCCUCGUCGACAACAUGGGGGCUUAUUCUGUUAUUUGGUGCACAGACUUCAACGGCUUUGAAAGAGCUCACAUUUACCCUGUUGUGACAGCUGAGACAUGGCACACCUUAAACCUUUCCCACACACUCAACAUUCGACAGUGA